AUGUCCUACCAAGCCAGCUACUCUCCUCAGCCGCCUGCCCCUCGGCUGAGCCAUAAAGCGAGUGACGCAGCCGGCGGCUCCAGUAUGAAAGGGCAAACUCUGCUCGGGCAGACACACGGCGGUGCAGGGCUGUGCGGGUCUGGAGCACCGGAUGCCAGCGACCCGGCUCUGACUGAUCCCCUGUGGCUGGACGGUGCAGAGGAGACCUCGGGGAUGGAGAGGCUGCUGAGGAAGUGUCAGAUCCGAAACCAGCUGGUCAGGGAGUGCAUGGCGGAGUGCCUCGGAGUCUACGUCCUCAUACUGUUUGGAUGUGGCUCCGUCGCCCAGGUGACCACGACCGACGAUAAGAAGGGGCAGUACCUGUCAAUCAAUCUGGGUUUUGCCCUGGGGGUAACGUUUGGGGUCUUUGUGUCUCGUGGAGUUUCAGGUGCUCACCUGAACCCUGCCGUGUCUCUGAGUUUGUGCGUCCUGGGCAGACAUCCAUGGAGGAAGCUGCCGCUCUACGUCUUCUUCCAGGUGCUCGGGGCCUUUCUGGCUGCAGCCACCGUCGGCAUGCAGUACUACGACGCCAUCCGGUCGUACAGCGGGGGGGAACUGACCGUGACGGGUCCCACAGCCACAGCAGGAAUAUUCUCCACCUACCCAGCAGACUACCUCAGUCUGUGGGGAGGGGUCGUGGACCAGGUGAUAGGAACCGCUGCCCUGCUGCUGUGUGUGCUGGCCCUCGGGGACCAGAGGAACGGCUCUGUCCCUGAUGGGCUGCAGCCGGUCCUGGUGGGAGCAGCCGUGCUGGUUAUCGGCAUCUCGAUGGGCUCCAACAGCGGCUACGCCCUCAACCCCGCCAGGGACUUCGGGCCUCGGGUGUUUACGUACAUUGGCGGCUGGGGAGUUGAUGUUUUCACGGCCGGAGGAGGCUGGUGGUGGGUGCCCAUAGUGGCCCCCUGUGUGGGAGCUCUGCUGGGGACACUGAUCUACCAGCUGAUGAUUGAAGUCCACCAUCCUCUGACCGAGCUCCAGACGUCGUGUCAGGAGGCGUCUGAGACCAAGACGGGGCUGGGGCUGGAGGGGGUGGAGCCAGGCUGCGAAAAGAAUGUGGUGAAAUUAUGA